AUGAGGAACCACAGUGCUGUCCGUGAGUUUGUCCUUGUUGGACUGUCCACCGACCCCUACAUUCAGCCUGCUCUCUUUGUCCUGUUCCUUCUGGUUUACCUCCUCACCGUGGUGGGGAACACCCUGAUGCUGUUUGUGAUUGCGGCUGAUUCUCACCUCCACACACCCAUGUACUUCUUCUUGAGACAGCUGUCCUUCCUGGACCUCUGCCAUUCUUCUGUCACGGCUCCCAAGAUGCUAGAGAAUCUACUUUCUGAGGAGAAAACCAUCCUGGUUGAAAGCUGCUUGGCUCAGGCCUUCUUUGUCUUCGCCACCGGUGGCACCGAGGCCUGUCUACUUGCAGCGAUGGCCUAUGACCGCUACGUGGCCAUCGGCUCCCCUUUGCUCUACAGCCAGGUGAUGAGUAGCCAGCUCUGUGUGGGGCUGGUGUGGCUGUCCUGGGGUCUGGCCAUUGUGGAUGCUCUCCUCAACAUACUUCUGGCUGUCAGUUUAGACUUCUGUGAGGACCAAACCAUCCCUCACUUCAGCUGUGAGCUGUCUUCUCUCUUCCCUCUGUCCUGCUCUGACACCGCCGCCAACUUCACACUCCUGCUGUGCUCCUCCGUCGUGCAUUUCUUCGGAACCCUGGUCAUGAUCGUAUGCUCUUAUGGCCGCAUCGUCUCCGCGGUCCUGAGGGUCAGCUCCUCCACGGGGCGAAGCAAGGCCUUCUCCACCUGCUUGUCCCAUCUCACCACUGUCAUCCUGUUCUACGGCUCGGGGUUUAUCAGUUAUCUCUUACCGGUUUCAGGGUCCCCCCUAGAAAUGGUCUUCUCCUUGCAGUAUAGCCUGAUCACCCCCAUGCUGAACCCCCUCAUCUACAGCCUGAAGAACAAGGAGGUGAAGGCAGCCGUGGGAAGAAUGAUCAGGAAGCAUUGUUAG